AUGAGGCGAUUGUCGGAAAUGAUUUCUGAUUGGGAAAGGCCAUCCAGAUCCUCUUUAUCACAUAUGUACAGUUUUGCGAGAAGAGAAUCCGUGUAUAUUGCGAGGAAGAAGCUGGCUGGCUUGAAGGAUUGGGCCCUCGACUUGCUAGCAAAACUGAAAAGCAAGCAAGGAAUGGCGAUUCGGCGAGAGACACGAGCAACAAAACUUGUCGCCACUGUCAUGGUCGUUUUCCUCGUUUGUUGGCUUCCUUUCUUCACAUUGAAUAUGGUAAAGAUCUACAAAUUAAUUCGAGAGGAUUGGUCAACUGAUUUGGAAUAUUGGUUUCAUUGGUUCACCGCUUUGGGAUAUCUAAAUUCGUCACUCAACUUUUUCAUCUAUUCAGCGAUCAAUCAAAAAUUCCGUCACUCUUUCCGUCGCCUUGUCGGCUUUCGUCGAUCACGAAGACUAAAGGAGAAAACGUGGAUGUUGCCAGCGAAGAAUGCGAACAAUAACGACUCGUCGCAACGUGGUGGAAUGAAAUAUUGUGGAUGUGGGGCAUUUCAUCGGAUAACGAAAAAGAGUCCGUUGAGAAGGGCUAGCUCAUGCGGACUGUUGCACAAUCGAAAACAAUCGAUGCCAAAACCGGAGAUAAUUAUCGAUGAAAUAUCGAGACUCUCACCGGCAAGGAUAUCGAUUACAACUGGAGGACAGACGACUUUCAGACGUUCUUCGGAUGAUUCCCUUCGUCGUUCCUCCUCUGAGAUCAUCAGCCGGAUCUCUCUCCCUUCAUCGAACGGUCCUCAAGGGAUUUCCUCAUCCCGCCGUGGUUCUGGAAUGUCCGUCUCGUCGGCUUCUCUCCAAAUUCACGAGAUUCGUCAAGAGUUUAAUGCGCUUGUCGGCGAUCAGCAAGAUGUCGAGAUAUUUGUC